CCUUGGCCUUCGCUGCCGGGCGAUGGCCUUGCGGUGGCACGAGGUCGCUGAAGCGGAGCGAAGUGCUGUGCUGCAGCAGAGCCAGCAGCUGCUACAAGGAUGCGAUCUUUCUGCCUUGGUGGUGUUGUCCAGGGUCUCCAAGUUGUUGGCCCGCGUCCCAGUCACCUUCGCAGAUCCGAUGCGGGUGUGGUUGGAGAAACGGCCGGGUCCGACGACCGCGACGAGUGCCUCUUGAUCAUGGGCUUUGCUUCGGCCUCGCAAAGGGAGGACUUGCAGCGCCUACAGCAUGUGUUUGAGAACAUCUCUGACCUUCAGGUGGUGGUGAAUGUGGCUGACGGUCCCACACCACCGGGUGUCUGUGAAGCCUGCGUGAGCUGUUGGACGCGCUGUCGCCCCGAUGCCGUGGUUUCCCAGGUCACCGGUUGUAUUUCCACGGAAUCCUCGUGGUUAUAGCGAGAAUCAAUGGCGAAAAUCCAGACAGAUGUGUCUUGUGUCC